AUGGCACGUACCAAGCAGACUGCUCGGAAAUCCACCGGAGGCAAGGCGCCGAGGAAGCAGCUGGCCACCAAGGCUGCCCGGAAGUCGGCUCCGGCGACCGGAGGAGUGAAGAAGCCCCACAGGUUCAGGCCGGGAACCGUGGCGCUGAGGGAGAUCAGGAAGUACCAGAAGAGCACGGAGCUUCUGAUCCGCAAGCUGCCGUUCCAGAGGCUUGUGAGGGAGAUUGCUCAGGAUUUCAAGACUGAUCUCAGGUUCCAGAGCAGCGCUGUUGCCGCGCUUCAGGAGGCGGCGGAGGCUUACCUUGUGGGUCUGUUUGAGGACACUAACCUCUGUGCAAUUCACGCCAAGAGGGUCACCAUUAUGCCCAAGGACAUUCAGCUUGCCAGGAGAAUUAGAGGCGAAAGGGCGUACCUGAUGAAUAAAGGGAAAUACCAGAAGAGUACGGAGCUUCUGAUCCACAAGUUGCCGUUCCAGAGGCUUGUGAGGGAGAUUGCUCAUGACUUCAAGACUGAUCUCCGGUUCCAAAGCAGCGCCGUGGCCGCGCUUCAGGAGGCGGCGGAGGCUUACCUUGUGGGUCUGUUUGAGGACACUAACCUCUGUGCAAUUCACGCCAAGAGGGUCACCAUUAUGCCCAAGGAUAUUCAGCUUGCCAGGAGAACCAGAGGCGAAAGGGCUUAG